UAAAUUAAUUAUCUCAGAUCUUACAGAAAAGAAAAUAAAUAAAAAUAUAAAUUAAAUGAUACGAAUUUCCCUAGAUUAAUAAUAAUAAACUUUUCCACACACACGCAAAUUUUCCAAGAUUUUCAUCCGUGUGUCAUUCAGCAGCAACAAAUUCUUGCAAAUUCUCAUCUGUGUUUUUUCUUGUAUACAUGUAGUUGUGUAUUUGUGUGUGUUAUUUACACUUUGAUGAACAGAGACAAGGCACAUAUAUAAUUUUUAAUUUAUUAUAAAAAGUAUUUAAGUUAAUAAUAUAAUUAACAAAAAAAAAAUUAAUAAUAAUGGCUAACGAAGAGCUUCCAAAAGGAUGGGAAAAACGUUUAAGUAGAUCCACAGGUCAGCAUUAUUAUCUGAAUGUUUAUACCAAGGAGAGUCAAUGGGAUGUGCCAAUAAAACCAGCUCAACCAAAUGAUAAUGGAGAUGAUGGUCCAGAAGAAGUACAAUGUUCUCAUAUUCUUGUUAAACAUGCAUAUUCGCGACGUCCAUCAUCCUGGCGAGAGCAAACAAUUACUCGAUCAAAAGAAGAAGCUCUUGAUCUCAUUAAAACAUAUCGAGAGCAAAUUGUUUCUGGUGAAGCAACAUUUACAGAAUUAGCAUCACAGUAUAGUGAUUGUAGUUCAGCAAAACGUGGUGGUGAUUUGGGUCCAUUUGGUCGUGGUACAAUGCAAAAACCAUUUGAACAAGCAGCAUUUGCAUUAAAAGUUGGUGAAUUAUCAUCACCAGUUGAUACUGAUAGUGGUGUUCAUAUUAUUGAAAGAACUGCUUAAUUAUAGUCAUGUGGGUCAAUUUCAAUCAUCUUAGAUGAUGAAUAAACACAAAAAUUUUAAUUUAAAUAAUACCAGGAAUAAAUGGAAUCCAAAUGAAACAAUAACAAAAAAAAAAAAAAAUUCA